AUGAAAAAGACCAAGCAGAUCAACAUCAAGAGGACCCUGGCUCUGGCCCGAGCCUUUCACUUCCUGUACUCCUGCGCCAAGUCAUGCCUGCUCCCAUUCGUCACGCUGUACUUCAGACAGCUGGGCCUCACACCUGAGAUGACGGGCAUCGUCAUGGGCACCAAGCACCUCAUAUCGCUAGUAUGGCGCCCUCUCGGCACCCAGCUUGCCAAGAUGUACAACAAGAGACGAGUGGUGCUACAUGGCUCUUUGGUGUGUUCAGCCGUGGUCGCUUUGGUCAUGCUUCUUGUCCCGCCGGUAGAUCUGCAAGCACACAACAACACCUGCAAUGGGUCUAAUCUGAUAAGUACUCCGUCCCCCACAGAAUCGCAGCCAAACGUCAGCACAGCUCCAGCAUCCCAAUCCACUGUCAACUUUUCUGAUGCAGUGGUCAGAACUUCACAUCUUCCUGUUACAACAAAAAGUACUGCAGAGCCAAAGAACAAAAGCUUUGUUGUGUUCAACUCGACUUCAUUGCGAAAGAAGCGAUCCCAAGUCAAACCGAACACAGAGAAAAACAAAGAGGAAGGUCAACAGGACUUUCUGUCCAGCCUGAAAAUGAUGGACGUUCAACGCCAACUUUUCUUCUUGAUACUUAUCACGGUGUCUGUAUGGGAACUGGUAGCAGCCCCUUUAGAGUGGACAGCAGAUGACGGUCUGUAUGAUUAUCUUGAUUUUGCCGACGCUUCUGACCACUACAGCAGCACCGGGUUGUGUCCUGUACUCGGUGCCGCGUUUGGUGUCGCAGGAUCGGGGCUGCUGGUCAGCCAGUUAAACUGUUUCAUUGUCGGUCACACCUCCAGGAGCAUUGUGCACUUCUUGUGCUACGCCGGCGUGUCUGCGCUGGCCUUGCCUGUCGCAGCUUUCCUCCCUCUUUACCUAAACAAGCAGCGGGUCACGGCAAACCGACUGAUCAAAGCUGUGCAGUUGAUGCAUGGCUCCCGGCGUGCGACGCUUUGCGCUGUCACUGCUCUACUGGUUGGAAUGACCCGCUCCACCGUGGACAAUUUCCUCACAUGGCAGAUGCAAGAUCAUCACAGCACUGAGUUACACAUGGGGGUAUCCCUCGGCCUCGCGUCACUCUCGCAGGCUGCCUUUGCCUUUUUGGCCGUCCGACUUACUAGACUACUCAGCUCAGGGAGGCUGCUCACGCUAGGGGCAGCCGCGCUCGGAUUACAGUGUUUGUAUUACUCCUUCUUGUGGGGACCAUGGGCUGCACUGCCCGUUCAGCUUUUGAGCUCUUUCAGCUGCGGAGCCUUCUGGUGGGCUGUCAAAGUGCAGAGCGACGACGUUGCCACACCAGGAACAGAGAGGAGCAUCAGAAGGCUCUAUAACGCACUCUCUUUGGACUUAGGAAGCGCACUUGGAAGUUUCGCCGGUGGGUUCGCGGUCCGCUGGUUUGGGCUGGUGUGGCUUUUCAGAGGAGUAGCCGCAGCUCUGAUUCUGUGGUGCAGUUGCCUGCCACUGCUCCAGUGGAACGCCCCCCACCAGUACAGGAUCAACUAUUCCCGUCUUUUGGCGGCAGAUGGGAGUGAGACCAGCGACUCUGAGUCGGAGCAAGAAAGAGACUGGCUCGAUAAAGCGAUGGAAGAUGACCACUGCAAUAACAACACUUAUGGAAGGGGACUAAACCACUGA